AUGUUCCCUAUCGCCGCCUUUCGAGUAGUUUUCUCUUGCCCUUUUCUGCUCUUCCCUCCCCUCGUCGCGAACCUGCAGCAAGCCGCGACGCCCGUCGCGAUCACUGUAGGAGCCGCGUUAACCAGCUAUUUCCUCGCUGACACCUUCGCAGGCGGUUCCGAGACUAGGUCGCAAGGAAGCAACGUCGCGUCAUCAAUGAGCGGCUGGUCGGGGAUGGAGUAUCGUCGCAUGCCGAUCGCAGAGUACCUCAAGAUUCUGAGCGGGUGGGAGGAGGUGAAUGGAGUGGCGGACGACCGAUCGCAGCGCGCCUUGCUCAAGCGACUCGCCGACGCGCCCUCCGCCACCGCCGUCUGA